AAACGAAUACAAAUGCUGACCAACUCAAUUGGACACAUUACAUAGAUGUGUUUUCGUUCUUCCUUCCUAAGGGGAAAAAAAUGUCGUCACACAUAACUAUUUUUUUGUUUUUUGUUUUCAAAAAACAUCAACAAAGAUCCUGUUCUGUCUUCUCUCUUGCGCGUAUCGGCUCGUUGGCUUGGGGUACACUUUCUCUCUAUUAAGAUGAAGGCGACCCAAAGAGUCCAAUUAGAUGAUCCGACUCUCCCAGAAACCCGGAAUCGCUGGAGAAUCCUGCUGACUUCACUCUCGGCGAUGGUGGCGGAGACGGCAACAUUUCCCAUAGACCUGACGAAGACGAGGCUACAGCUUCUCGGCUCGGGUUCUUCUUCCUCCGCCACGGCUGCUCGGCCGACCAAUGCACUUGGCGUUGUCUCGACAAUCGUGCGGCAAGAGGGUGUCUUGGGGUUGUACAAGGGAUUGUCUCCUGCGAUUACCAGGCACCUCUUCUACACCCCUAUCAGGAUCGUGGGUUACGAGAACUUGAGGAACUUGGUCGUUAACGCUGAUGAUGACGUUGCCUCUAUUCCUCUCUCUUUUAAAGCUCUCCUUAGUGGGAUUUCCGGUGUCAUUGCCCAGGUAGUGGUAAGUCCUGCCGAUCUUGUUAAAGUGAGAAUGCAGGCAGAUGGACAGAUGAUGAGCCAAGGUCACCAACCUAGAUACUCAGGGCUAUUUGAUGCUUUGAACAAGAUUGUGAGAACAGAAGGCUUUGCAGGGCUUUGGAAAGGCGUUCUCCCAAAUGUCCAAAGAGCUUUUUUAGUGAAUAUGGGAGAAUUAGCUUGUUAUGACCAUGCAAAACGUUUUGUCAUUCAAAACCAGAUAGCAAAUGAUAACAUAUAUGCCCACACCUUCGCAUCUAUUAUGUCGGGUCUAUCUGCAACUGCUUUAAGUUGUCCUGCUGAUGUUGUGAAGACAAGAAUGAUGUAUCAGGCAGCCACCAAGGACGAUAAAGUUGUGUAUAAGAGCUCUUAUGAUUGUCUGGUGAUGACCGUUAGAAAUGAAGGGUUAAGGGCUUUGUGGAAAGGUUUCUUUCCUACGUGGGCAAGGCUUGGACCCUGGCAAUUUGUGUUCUGGGUCUCUUAUGAGAAGUUUCGAAAAAUUGCAGGGCUCUCUUCCUUCUGAUGAAUUGUUUGAUUGCUGUGAAAUAACUUGAGGGAGACGGUCAGAUCCUUUCCACAUACUUUUCUACUCCUUAACAAUCAAAUUAUUCUUGUCUGCCAUUUUUUGGUUGAAUAUUUUAUUGUUUCAUUCUUUGUGAUGGAUGUUAGUCAUGAAAAGAAGAAUAAGGUAAGUGUUGAAUGAUGGGAAGCCUAGUUAUCUUGUGUUCUGUGAGAAUGAAAUGUAAGAGUGUGAUAAUCGGGCAAACAAUUAUGAUCAUUAAUGAUUAAGUCUUAUCUUUCAUACA